UCUAGUGGUAGUGGGCACUGGGCAGCAGCUUGAUUUGAUUGCUUCAUUUAUCAAGUUGGGUGCUUCUACAUCUUCCCCUUCAUCUCUCUUCCGCCUCAUCUUGUUCACAGUGCCUGCUUGCCUUCCUCCUCCUCCCUAGGGCUUCCUACCUAGCUAGCUAGCGAUGCCAAGAAGAGACCAUCGCGAAGAAUAAUCUCCCACGCAAGAACAAGAACCACCACCACCUCGCUCCCUCCCCUCCUCCUCCUCCUGCUCCAGGGUUGUUGAUUUGCCCUGCUGUUCUCUGAUGGAGCAUACCUCUGAUGAGGAUCCUGAGCUUGAAGCUUAUGGCAGUGACACUUAUGCGCUUUUGGAAGCAGGAGAUAUAAAAGUGAUGAACGAUAAGAAUAUGUACCAGUGUCCCUUUUGUUCAGAUGAAAAGAAUGACUACAAUGCACAUGGUUUACUGCAGCAUGCCUUGGCUGUAGGAUCUGCGGAUGAUCGGCCAGCGAAAGAGAAGGCUAACCAUCGAGCCCUUGCAUUGCAUUUGAAAGAUGAUACCGCGGAAUCGUCUAGGCCACUGUCACAGCCUCCUCAACAUAGCAAGAACGAUCUGUUUGUUUGGCCCUGGAUGGGUAUCAUAGUCAAUAUGCCUGCUGAGUAUGUUGGAAAAAGUGCAAACCGGCUGAAGGAGCAUUUCUCGUGUUAUCAUCCAUCGAAGGUGUAUUCUGUAUACAGUAAAGGUAGACCUUCGGGCAACGCUAUUAUUGAGUUUGGGAAGGACUGGAGUAGUUUUAGGAAUGCAUUGCAAUUUGAAAGUGAAUUUGAGAAGAAGGGGUGUGGUAAAAAGGCUUGGCUGGAUUCAGGGCGUGGAGGGCCAGAGCCUUUUGGAUGGAUCGCAAGGGCUGAUGAUUACAAUUCCUCGGGGCCAAUUGGUGAGCAUCUGAAAAGAAAUGGUGACCUGAAAACAGUGAGUGAUGUUGAGAAUGAAGGAACAGUUAAAACUGACAAGCUUAUGGCCAGUUUAGCUUGUCAAGUUAAAGAGAAGGAAAUACACUUGGAGAAACUUCAGAGUGUGUAUGAUGAGAGAUAUCUGUCGCUUGGCAAAAUGAUGGAGAGCAGGGAAAAUAUGCUCAAGUCAUGCAAUACAGAAAUCCAGAAGAUGCAACAACUUGCUUAUGAACAAGCACAAAGGACAGUUGAUGAGAACCAGAAGCUACGUCUGAAUCUCCAAUCUAUGAUGCAUGAGCUUGAUGCAAAUUGCAAAAGACUUGAAGAGUUGACUGCACAGGCUGAUUCUGACAAAAGAAACCUUGAGGUGCUGAUGCAAAAGAAUGCAAAGAAAGCUGAUCAUCUUAGGCUGGCAGAAUUGGAGCAGCAGAAAGCUGAUGGCAAUGUGCUGAGGCUUGUGGAAGAACACAAUAGGGAGAAAGAAGCUACUUUGAACAGUAAUAUGAGGUUGCAUGAACAAUUGGACAGGAAGCAGAAACUUGAAUUAGAAAUAGCCCAUCUGAAAGGCAAAUUGCAAGUGACAAAGCACACGCAAGGCACUGAAGAUUCAGAUUUAGAGAAAACGAUAGAGGCGCUGACAAAUGAGCUGGAAGAAAAGAUUGAAGAUAUGAAUUAUAUGGACAACAUGAACCAGACUCUAAUUCUGAAGGAAAAAAGGAGCAAGGAUGAGCUGCAGGAAGCUCGAAAAUUGGUGAUAGAUUCUCUACAGAGAUUGCCUUCUGACAUAAGGAGCCAAGCACAGAUAGGCAUCAAGAGGAUUGGUGAGCUUGACUUGAAAGUAUUUUCGGAUGCCUGCAGGCGAAGAUUUUCAGAAGAUUUUGCAGAAGUUGAAAGUUCUGUUCUUUGUUCGAAGUGGCAAAAUGAAAUCAAAGAUCCGGAAUGGCAUCCUUUUAAGUCUGUUUGGGUCAAUGGAAAAGAGUCGAAAGUAAUCAGGGAGGAUGACGAGAAGCUCCAACAACUGAAAGAGGAGUACGGUCAAGAAGUCUAUGAUGCGGUGACAAAUGCUCUGUUCGAGCUCGACAUGCAUAGCAUUGGUGGCAGGGAUCCAUUCCUGGAGCUAUGGAACUACGAGGAGGGGCGGAAGGCGGGCACGAGGGAGGUGAUUCAGCAAGUUAUCAAGCUGUACAAGGCGACCAAGAGAAGGCGCUGAUGGCUUGGCCGCCACUUGGUUCUUCAUCAACCUACCUUUGACCUCAAUGGAUAUGGUAUGGAACACACAUAUAUAUACAUGAACCAAAUGCAGUACUGCAUAUAUAUACAUGAACCUAAUGCAGUACUACAUAUAUUUUGGAGCUAGGGCUUUGAGACAGUGAAGUUUGUUACUGGAUAUUAGCUGGAGAUAUAUUUUGCAGCCCUCUGAACUUAUGACUACUAGUAUUAUGGGCCUCUGUGCUUUUAUGUCCAUUUGACUGGUUAUGUGACUGAUAGUCUGUGUAUUCUACUUGCCAAACUUAAUUUAUGGCCAGUCUGGGCUGACCUAAUAUCUACUACAGCUGAGAUGGACCGACAUGUUCUAAA